CAAAAAGACAUUCGUUAUCACGACUCGCAAGACUGUACUACGUUCGGCAGUCGCGGAAUUAUUUUAAUACUUGUAUUAUUUCGCUAAAAAAUAUGGAUCCAAAAGUAAAUUUGAAACAAGACCCAGCGUUUGUGGAAAUACAGAAAUUCUUCGACGCGAACGCCGAUAAAAUUAAUAUACAACAAUUGUUUCAACAAGAUGCCGACCGCUUCAAUAAAUUCAGUCUUCGCAUCCCUACUCCGAAUGAUGGAGACAUCCUGCUGGACUACUCCAAAAACCGCAUCAAUGAGCAGCUUUGGAGCCUCCUGCUCAACCUCGCCAAGAGCAGGAACGUGGAGAAGGCAAGAGAUGCCAUGUUUUCAGGUGAGAAGAUAAACUUCACGGAAGACCGGGCUGUCCUCCACAUUGCACUCCGUAACAGGCAGAACCGGCCUAUUCUGGUUGGCGGGAAGGACGUGACGCCGGAUGUCAACGCGGUACUCGCGCAUAUGAAGGAGUUCUCUGGACAAGUUAUUAGUGGCCAGUGGAAGGGGUACACUGGCAAAGCGAUCACUGACGUCAUCAACAUCGGUAUCGGGGGCUCUGACCUCGGUCCGCUGAUGGUCACUGAGGCGCUCAAGCCUUACGCCAACCAACUGAAGGUCCACUUCGUAUCGAACAUCGAUGGCACGCACCUGGCCGAGGUUCUGAAGCGGCUGAACCCAGAGACGGCGCUGUUCAUCAUCGCCUCCAAGACCUUCACUACCCAGGAGACCAUCACCAACGCCACUUCAGCCAAGACCUGGUUCCUGGAGGCUGCUAAAGAUCCAUCAGCGGUUGCCAAGCACUUCGUGGCGCUAUCAACCAAUGCCGAGAAGGUGACCGCGUUCGGCAUCGACGCGAACAACAUGUUUGGAUUCUGGGACUGGGUUGGAGGAAGGUACUCGCUGUGGUCAGCUAUCGGUCUGUCUAUUUCGCUGUACAUCGGCUACGACAACUUCGAGAAGCUUCUAGAAGGAGCUAGCUUCAUGGACAACCACUUUACUACUGCCCCGUUGGAGAAGAAUGCUCCAGUUAUCCUAGCGCUCCUCGGCGUCUGGUAUUCCAACUUCUAUGGUGCUGAGACACACGCUCUACUGCCCUACGAUCAGUACUUGCACAGAUUCGCCGCAUACUUCCAACAAGGCGACAUGGAGAGCAACGGUAAGUACGUGACGCGGUCGGGCGCGCAGGCCGACUACAGUACGGGGCCCAUCGUGUGGGGCGAGCCCGGGACCAACGGACAACACGCCUUCUACCAGCUCAUACACCAGGGGACCAGACUGAUCCCGUGCGACUUCAUCGCGCCAGCGCAGACGCACAACCCGAUCUCCAACGGCAUCCACCACAAGAUCCUUCUCGCCAACUUCCUCGCGCAGACCGAGGCGCUCAUGAAGGGCAAGACUUCUGACGAGGCUAAGGCCGAGUUAGAGAAGUCAGGCAUGGCUGCGGACGCCGUCGCUAAGAUCUUGCCGCACAAGGUGUUCAAGGGCAACCGCCCCACCAACUCGAUCGUCGUGAAGAAAGUCACGCCGUUCACGCUCGGAGCCUUGAUUGCCCUCUACGAGCACAAGAUCUUCACUCAGGGCGUCAUCUGGGACAUCAACUCGUUUGACCAAUGGGGUGUUGAGUUAGGCAAGCAACUUGCCAAGGCAAUAGAACCUGAGUUACUGGACAACAAGCCAGUAACCAGCCACGAUGGUUCCACUAACGGUCUUAUCAACUUCUUGAAACAAAACUUUUAAUUUACAUUAUACUUUUAAGUUUAUGCGGAAUGUUUGAGUUUAUGAUUCAUUGAAAUUGUAUAUGGAAAUAUGAUUUAUAUUACUCAAUACUUUUAGUGGCGUUGUGAUAUUCUUUCGCUCUUUUUUUUUCUAAAUUACAUUUUGGCUUACAAUCUCAUCAAUUCGGCUGAAUUGAAUUUUUAAGUGGCCUCUUUUUAUGAUUUUGAUUCUGAGUUUAGUUUUUGAAGUUACCAAAUUAUGUGCAAUAAGGUAGAUUGGCUAUGAUAGCAAAA